UAACGGUCGGGAUGUGAACUGUAAAAAUGGCGACACCCACGUUGUAUCAUCGUCACUUCACUCACUCACUCACACGCUUCUUACUUCCAAACACCAUCAUCGUCGUCAUCAUCACAAGCUGAGUCCAUGACACCACACGCACCCUUCUCUCCCAAAUCCAAAUCCCAACGCCACCAUGCAAACUCUCCGUAACCUCUCUCACUAUUCUUCUCUCUUUCUUCUUCUUCUUCUUCUAUCUCUAUUCCUCUUCCUUCCCAACACCGCACACUCCUUCGGUGCAAUGGGACCCAUCUCCGCUUCCUUCGGGAAAGACGAGGUUUUUUGCGCCAUCGAUGCCAGUGGCAAGCAAGACGUUAUUUGCUGGGGGGACAACGCCACGUCAUCGCCUCUUCCCUCGUUCACCAACGUUCUCCCUGCCAUGUCAGCGCUUUCCGGCGGAGAAGGUUUUCUCUGUGGCAUUUUAGCGAACACUUCUCAAGCUUAUUGCUGGGACGCAACCACCAGGCCAAGCUCAGAUCUUGUUCUCGUGCCUCCAGCGUACCGGAACACCGCUUAUUCCCAUAUCGCCGCUGGCAAGAGCCACGUCUGCGCCGUCAGAGGAUCCUACUACGCCGAUCGCGAUUCCGGCAACGUGGAUUGCUGGGAAAUCUCGACCACCGCGAAUAGGACCUUAGUGGCGAAACUCAGUGAUUCGUUCUACGAUCAAUCCACGGCGAAUCUGGAGGUGAAGACGGUUGUUUCCGGCGAGGGGUUCACCUGCGGCGAGGUGAGGAAUGGUGGGCUCGUGUGUUGGGGACCCGAUUCAGGGAGCUUGGGAAUUUCCAACGUGAGGGAGAGUUUCACGGUGUUGGCGUCGGGUCGGAGCUCCGUUUGUGGGGUGUUUAACGUUUCGGGUGAAUUGAAAUGUUGGGGCGACCCGGGUUCGUUUUCGGAUCCUCCAGUGGGUGAGAUUCGGUUGGUGUCUUUAUCUGCUGGGGCGAGGCAUUUUUGUGGAGUGAGAAUGGAUAAUCAUGUUGUGGAGUGUUGGGGUGCUUUGAAUUCCUCUGUGGUUCCUAAAGGUUAUGGCUUUAUGGCUAUUGCUUCUUCGGAUUACACUACUUGUGGCAUAAGAGAAGAUGAUCUUCUUUUGGAUUGUUGGUUGGUGAAUGCUUCUAAGCCUGAUUUUGAUCCUCCUAUGGAGCUUUCAAGUCCUGGGUUAUGCAUGGCUGGUUCUUGUGGGAUUGGGGAAUUUGCUUUCAAUGUGAGUGUUCUCAAUGAGCCUGAUUUGACGAGUCUUUGUGUUAAGGAGGGUUUGAGGAUUUGUUCACCUUGUGGGUUGAACUGUUCUCAAGGUUUCUUUUUGUCUAGUCCUUGUACUGUGAACAUGGAUAGAGUUUGCACUGCUUGUUCUCUUUGCCAGAACAGUUCUUGUUUUGGUGUUUGUGGGCUUCACUCUUCAACGGGAUUGCAUUGGCAUCGAUUGCGUAGAUGGGUGGUGAUAGUUGGGUUUUCAGUGUUGGGUUUUUUGAUGAUUUUGACUUGUGGGUGUGUUUUUAUCCGUUUGGUUGCUGCUAGAAGAGCAAGGGGAAAGAAGCAGUCCAAGUCUUGCAUAGGUAAAGCGGAGCAAGAGGAUGAUGUGAACGUUGCUCUUCACUCUUCUCCUUCCGUGGCUUCUUGUCCUGGUGUGCCUCAGGUUUUUAGGCUUUCAGAGUUGAAAGAUGCUACUAAUGGGUUUAAGGAGUUUAAUGAGCUUGGAAGGGGGAGUUAUGGGUUUGUUUACAAAGCUGCAUUGGCUGAUGGGAGAGUGGUUGCUAUGAAGAGAGCAAAUGCUGCAACCAUAAUUCACACAAAUAACCGUGAUUUUGAAAUGGAGCUGGAAAUUCUAUGCAAAAUUCGCCAUUGUAAUAUUGUUAACUUGUUGGGUUAUUGCGCGGAGAUGGGAGAGAGGUUACUUGUUUAUGAGUAUAUGCCUCAUGGGACCCUUUAUGAUCACCUCCAUGGUGGCCUUUCACCUCUUAAUUGGAGCCUAAGGCUGAAGAUAGCUAUGCAGGCUGCAAAGGGGCUUGAGUAUCUUCACAAGGAACUAGUGCCACAUAAGGAUCUUAAAAGCUCAAACAUUCUUUUGGAUUCGGAUUGGGGGGCCAGAAUUUCUGACUUUGGACUCCUUACUUCAAGUGACAAAGAGCUUAAUGGGGACCUUGAAAAUGAUGUUUACAAUUUUGGGAUUGUGUUGUUGGAGAUUCUAAGUGGAAGGAAGGCUUAUGAUAGAGAUUUUACUCCACCAAACGUGGUUGAAUGGGCAGUGCCUUUGAUCAAACAAGGGAAAGGAGCUGCCAUAAUUGAUAGGUAUGUGGCUCUUCCAAGAAAUGUUGAACCUUUGCUUAAGCUUGCUGAUAUAGCAGAGCUUGCUGUGAGAGAGAAUCCAACUCAACGUCCACCAAUGUCAGAUAUAGCAUCUUGGUUGGAGCAAAUUGUGAAGGAUGGAUUGAUCUUAAAUGCUCAUUGAUUCUCCUUUGAUAAACUUGUUUUGAUCCUUCAAUAGUAUCCUUUGGCAUGAAAUUCUGAGUAAACACUCUUUUGAGAUUGUAUAUUGUUGAGUUUGUUGUAGAUUGCUUAUCCUU